AUGGAAAUUCCGUUGAGAGGUGACAAAUGGAUCCUUGAAUGGAUUAAUGGACAGCCAUUUGAGAAAUGUAAUCAUGAAACCGGAAAUGUUUCUGCCCAUAGCAGCAGUACAAAUGAACAAAGUAUGAAAGUUUCCGAAAUUACAACAUGUGAUGAUGAUAAUGAAGCAUUAUCAUAUGAUGAUAGCUAUCAGCAAAGUGAGUUAAAUUGGUUGAGAGCAAUCAUAAAUCGGCAAAAGGCAAAAAUUCAAGAACUUAACGAAGGAAAGAAAAUGCUUUCUAUUGAAAUUGCACAACUCAAAGAUAGCAUGUUAGUUGUUGACAAUGUGACAGUCACCGAGAAAGUUUCAUUAUCUUAA